AUGGGUGACAAGGUGCAUGAUGUAGAUGUUGAUAUGUCUCAUUUUAAAGGAAAGUUUAAAAGGUAUGUUGUGAAUUGGGUUGGCAAAGGAGUGGAGUCUGUUGUUGGUGAGCUACAUGUGGGUGAGGAGGUUCUAGGUAUAGAUUUUGAUGAGUAUGAUAGUGGUGUGGGUUCUGGUGAUGAUGAGGUUAUAAGGAAGCUGAAAAUAAGAAACUUGAAGGUAGAGCAUAAUUCAACAACACUUCAAGAUUUGUUACAACAAAAAGUUCAAAUUAGUAUUAGUAAGACGGCAGUAUACAGAGCUAAAGAAAAGGCACAAAAGAAAAUAAGGGGGAAUUUUCAUGAGCAGUAUAGUUUGUUAAGGGAUUACAUUAUGGAACUCAAACAAAAGAAUCCAAAUACAACUGUCAAGUUAGCAUUUUCUUAUCGAUCUGUGAAUCCUGCUUCUACAACUAGAGUGUUUCAGAGGAUUUAUGUUUGUUUAGGGUCAUUAAAUCAAGGAUUCAAGGAAUUAGGAAGGGAAAUAAUAGGGUUGGAUGGGGCAUUCAUGAAAGGUCCAUAUCUUGGUCAGCUUUUGACUGCAGUUAGUAUGGAUGGAAACAAUUGGAUAUACCCUGUGGCAUAUGCACUUGUUGAAAGUGAAUGCAGAAAUUCAUGGGAAUGGCUCUUACAAUGUCUUGGAGAUGAUUUAGAGUUGCCACAUAAUGUCAAUUUCACCUUCAUUUAUGAUAGACAAAAGGGGAUCCUGCAAGCUGUCAACAGUUUGUUCCCUAGUGCUGAACACAGAUUCUGUUUAAAGCAUAUCCAUGAGAAUUUGAAGACAAGGUUCAGAGGAUGUGGAUUCAGGGAUCAUUUCUGGUUUGCAGCAACCAGGACAACAGUUGUGGAAUUUAAGAGGGCAAUGGAUGAAAUAAGGCAACAAGAUACAAUAGUUUAUGAGUGGUUAAGAGCAAUUCCAGUAACAAUAUGGUCAAGAGCUCACUUCUCAGGUAGAACAAAAUGUGAUAUACUUUUGAACAACAUAUGUGAGUCAUUCAACAGUAAGUUUGUCAAAGGUAGAGAGAUACCUAUUAUCAGUUGUUUGGAGUUUGUUAGGGAAUACAUAAUGAGAAUGAUAGUCGUGGUACAAGGAGUCAUAGAUGUCUGUACGGGUCCACUAACCCCAACUGCAACCCAAAUUCUUAAGGUAAAUAAGGAAGCAGCUGAAAAGAAGUGGGAAUUGACAGACAUACCUUGUAAGCAUGCAGUGGCAGCCAUGAACAACAUGCACAAAUAUGAGUUUGAUGUAGGAAUACCCGAGGACUGGGUACACACUGCAUAUACUCUUGAAACUUGGAACCAAGUUUAUUCAAACAAGAUUGAACCCAUUGUUGGUGCAACUUACUAG